AUGAAAAAGUUUAUUAAGUCGAAAAUAGAUCAUAAUGAAACCACGAGUACACCAACUAUUUUAGCAGAUCCACCUUCAAAAGUUGGUAGUAAAAAAAUAAUGCCAGAUGUGCAACCACCUUUGCCUUUAGGCCCGCCACCACCUGACGAGAAACCAAAUUUAGCUUUAAAACUUAAAGAGGAAAUUGAGGAUGUUGAAUAUCAAAUCCCUUGGUUUAAAGUUUCCGAAAAUUCCUCAGUAGGGGGUGAGGAAUCAGAAACUUUAAACCAGGAGAAAAGAAGAAGAGAAUUAAAUGCCGCUGAAGAAACUGACGCUAGUCAAUCAAAACCAAUGUGCAGGGAUUUUAUUAGAGGGAUGUGUACAAGACCUGGAACCAAAUGCAAAUUUAUUCACAAAUGUGACGUAUCACAACUUGUUGGUGUCUAUGUAUUCUGUAAAAAUUUCCAAAAUUGUGUGUGCACUCGUCAAAAUUGUAAAUAUGUUCAUGCCACAGUUUUUGAAGAACAAAAUUUCUAUAGAACAGGACUAUUGCCGCCACAUGCAUUAAAACAUUAUAAAAAGGUGAAUAUUUUAGCACCGCCGCCGCCACCGCCUCCAGUAGGUAAGAUAUCUAUGAGACUGGCAUUAAGACGCCCUUUGUUUUUUGCCCUUCUUACCUUUUUAAAAUGUAUGCACUAA